GCAAAAACGAUGAGGAGAGAAAUAACUGUUACCGCACCUGUCAAUAUCGCUGUUAUAAAAUACUGGGGAAAGCGUGAUGUUAAACUCAACCUCCCAACUAACAGCUCACUCUCUGUAACACUCUCACAAGAUGAAAUGUGCAGCAAAACAACUGUCUCUGUUGAUAAGAGCUACACCAAAGACACUCUCGUCCUCAACGGCGAAGAAAACGAAAUCAACGGUCGUCUCGUUAACGUCCUCAAUGUUAUGCGUGAAUCUACCACAGAAAGCGAAAUAAAGGAUUUGCAUGUUCGAAUUGAAUCCACAAACAACUUCCCAACUGCAGCUGGUUUGGCUUCCUCUGCCUCUGGUUUCGCUGCCUUGGUUUAUGGUUUGGGCAAGAUAUUUGUACCUUCAUACACCAACAGUCAACUCUCAACUAUCGCAAGACAGGGCUCUGGUUCUGCCUGUAGAUCCCUCUUCGGUGGUUUCGUAGCCUGGAACAAAGGUGAAAAACUAGACGGCAGUGACUCGAGCGCAGUUGAAAUAGCCCCACAAUCACACUGGGAUGAUCUUGAUGCACUCAUUUGUGUCGUCAGCGCCAAUAAGAAAGCAGUCGCCUCCACAGCCGGUAUGCAAAGAACUGUAGAAACAAGUCCAUAUUUGCAACACAGAGCUGAUAACGUCGUUCCAAAGCGUAUGGAUGAUAUUAUAGAUGCUAUCAAGAGCAAGGAUUUCGAUAAGUUUGCUGAUAUCACAAUGAUGGAUAGCAAUAGCUUCCACGCAAGCUGCUUAGAUACCCAUCCACCAAUCUUUUAUCUCACUGACGUCUCCAGAGCUAUCAUAAAUGUCGUUCACGCUCUUAACAAUGCCAUGGGUAGACAUGUUGCUGCUUACACAUUCGACGCUGGUCCAAAUGCUGUUUUAUACGUUCAAAGAAAGGAUAAAGAAUUGGUGUUGUCGAUCAUUAACAGCCUCUUUGGUCCUUGCGAAGGUGUAGAGUGCAACUCCCUCGACAACAUACUCAGAAGAUAUAACAUCGAUGCUGAUUUGUCUGCCUUCCAAUCACCGAACGGAUUGUCAAGAAUAAUCCAAACCUCAAUUGGAGAUGGCCCACGUAUUGUUUAAAUUGCCGAUUAGAUUUCUAUCUUUUUUAUUUUUUGUUUUU